GCACUCCACCCCUUCGAAGACCUGAUAGCUUCACUGUGUUUCUCUAUAUCUCUGUAGAUCGUUACCGGGCAGUUUCGAGGGUGUGAAAGAUCAAUAAUGGCUUCAAUCUUCAACCAAAGGACCCCACCAGGUCUGUUCAUCGCGCAAGCACUCGGUAUCACCGCGAGCGGAUAUCUUCUCGGCUCGAAUGCAAGUCUGUCGCUGAUCGCUGUGCCUGCGGUAAUGCAAGCGCCAGCCCCCCUCGCUGCGAAGCAAUGGUUCACCGUCCUCACAAAAGGCGGUUCCUACGGCAGACCGCUCGCCAUCAUCAGCGGGCUUGCAAGCGCAUAUGUCGCCUACAACCAGGACUCCUCAUCGCUGCCCUUCAAGCUGAAUGUCGCAGCCGCCAUCCUCAUCCCCGGCAUCGUGCCCUUCACGUUCGCCUUUAUCGUGCCGUUGAACAACAAGCUCGAGGAGAGGAUGAGGCAGCUCGAGUCGAAAUCGCUGGAGGACAAGGCUGUUGAAGUUGGCGUCGCUAAGGAGGAGACCACACACGCGCUGAUUGACAGGUGGGGCGUGCUGAACCUGGCGCGCACCGGUCUGAUCGUUGCGGGAGUAUUUUGCACGGUCGUUGCAGCGCUGGACAAGAGGGAGGUUGUUGGGUUCAGCGGUGUUGGGCUUGGAAGUGGUGCAAACAGGCUUGGGUGAAGGAAUGGGUGUCUACUUGCGCUGCGCCAGACGCCCAAAUAGCAGAGACAUUCGGCUGCAAGCACAUUUUCGAAGUAAGACGAGAGCCAAUAUAAUCGCCACCGUCUGCCCGCGUGCUCACAUCAGAGUCGCGAUGUGUUGCUCUUAUCGCACCACAGGUCACGCAUGCUCAAGUCUCAGAUG